AUGAAACAACGAGCUGAGAAAGCAAGAGCAGCAGCGUUGGUGCCGGUGGUAGUGGCUCCAUGUCAGGGUUGCUGUCUUCGUACAGAAGAAGUGGGUGAAAGCGUUGUGUUCCGACAUUGGAUGAACUCUAUUUAUAGGACUCACAUUCAUAAAAAUCUCGAGGCUAAGUACGAACUUGGUCCAUUAUGUUGGGAGCACGAAGCGCCAAAAGUGGAAGACAGUUAUCGUAAUGUGGCCCCAGUUGUCUCUUCAUCUACACUGAUUCCUGGUGACGUACCGAUGGAGCUAUUUUCUCAUCCGCCUUCAUUGACGAAUUUCGAAAUAGCUGAUGUAGAAUACUUUGGGUUUGAGCUUCUAACAACGCCACCGCUUGGAUUCAGCUAUAAGUUUGUUGGACAGGGUCAA